AUGCACGGGAACGUCCGAUCGACAGUGAUCCCCCGAUUAACUACCGACCCGCUGCAUACCGACUCGCACUCUCACGCCGGAAAGGAUACCGAGGACGGUCCCACAGCCGUCGUCCUCGAAAAGAAACCUUCCAUACCCCGGGGUACGGAAAACACGGCUUAUCCACAGCCGCCAGCGGCGAACAACUAUGGCGGGCAUCACGAGUUACACCAACGAAACCAAUAUCAACAACAAAGAGGAGGAGGGUUGCAGAAUCAAGGUCAGGGUCAAGGACGAGGUCAAGGUCAAGGUCAAGGUCAUGGUCAAAACCAAGGUCAAACCCCAGGUCAAGGUCGAUCGAGAGGGAAAGGGAAAGACGGACCUCCUCAUCAGGUCAACAACUCCGCUAAAAUCACUGAGGAUCCAUACCCUCUCAAAGGAGGCGUAAACGAAGUUGAAGCUGAAGGCGAAGAAGAUAACAAAGAGGAAGAAGAAAAUGCCGAAGAAAAUGAUGAAGAGGAGGAAGACGAAGAAUCAUGUUUCAUCUGCGCAGAAAAGAUCAAAUAUUAUUCUGGAGGUGUUUGUGGGCACAAGACUUGUCACGUAUGCGCCAUCCGUCUGCGAGUUUUCUACAAAAAGAACGACUGCACGUUCUGCAAAACCGUCAACCCGACCCUACUCUUCUCGUCCUCGCCCGAUACCCCUUUUCCCACUCAAGCAACGCCCCCGGGAGCCGAUUUCGAACCGGGUCAGCUCGACGUCAAGCAGUUCGAAUGGCACGAUGAAAAGCUCGGCGUGGUCUUUGAGAGCCAGAGCAUGAUGGAAGACGUGCUCUUGCUUCUCAGAUUCAACUGUCCCUCGCCGUCAUGCGCAUACCAAGCCGCUUCGUGGGACAACUUGGAGAAACACACCCUCUCGGUUCACGGCGCCGUGCUCUGUCAUCUCUGUCGGAGACAACUGUCGAGAUUCGCACACGAGCAGGUCCUCUACCCACCUCAUCUGUUGCCUUUGCACGACCCCAGCCGUGUACCGAGGGGCCAUCGAGCGCCCCGGUUACGAGGCGAAAAAGAGGAAGAGAUGGUAGCUGGAUGGGGUCCGCCUCAUCCGAUGUGCGAGUUCUGUCACGAGGCAUUCUUCUCGUCGGACGAGCUGUUCAAGCACAUGAGGCAUAAGCACGAAGAAUGUUUCGUCUGCAAAGAGAUGGGCAAGCGGGACGUCUACUUCCACAACUACACCCAGCUGGCCUCUCAUUUCACUCAAGCACAUUUCCCUUGCACGGAAAAGUCUUGUCUGGAUCAAAAGUUUGUCGUCUUUGGCUCGGAACUCGACUGGAAGGCGCACAUGGUGGCGGAGCACAACAAGACCAUGUCGUCGAGGGACAAGUACCAGGCGCGACAAUUGCCGAUCGAUUUCGUAAGCCCGACGGGCGACUUUAGCUUCAUACCGCCCAACCCCAUGCCCUCGUCGGGGUCGACUCGCGAUCAAGGUUCGAGCCGAGCUCCCAGGCUUAUUCAGAUGGAGCCCGCCGGUCAGUUCUCGAGGCAAACCGGGAGAAACCGUCCGAGCGCCGUGCGACACCAACAACUCCCACAACCCCCUCGUGACGAACGGCGUGGAGGUCGUCGGGCCGGGUUCGGUAAUGCCUUGACGUCGGACGAGCCUGCAGCCAAUGCCUCGGGUAACAAGGGCAACAGGGCGGCUGGAGGAGCGAGCGGGACAGCCACGCCUAGAAUCGACGAACCAGAAGAGAUGGAUGCGAUGCAGACCGAACUCCUCGAACGGGUGGCCACCAUGGUCGAAUACUCGGAGACCAAGCUGUCAUCAUUCCGUCAUGCCAUACGGUCGUACAAGAACAACGAGGCGCCAGCACGUGAUCUCGUCGACACCGUGUACAGCGUGUUGAAUCGGGAUAGCGAGGACACGUUCAGGGUCGUCAGGCGGGUUGCCGACACGAUGCGGGGCGACGACGACAAGGUUCGAGGUAUUCUCACUGCGCUCAAUGCGUUCAAGAUUGAUCGACAAAACGAGUUCCCUACAUUGGCCGGGACAGCAACCCCUCCCGUGUCCUUGGGUACGGGUUACUCGGGAAUCGCCUCUGGCAAGGUCCUAAACGCGAAACGAGCUACUCGCACGGCCGGAUCUGCGAGUCAGGUGUGGGACCGGGUCGAACGUGCCGCUGCGUCCAUGCCCGUGUCAAGGCCAUCGGCACCCUCGGCGACAGCUCAGGGCGUCAGCAAGGGCAAGGCGACGAUGAACGGCAAGGGGCAGAUCGUCCCUGGAGCCGCCUUUCCAUCGUUGGCCAGUAGUAGCAGUUCCAAGGCUGGAGCCUCGAAUGCUAGCACGACCUCUGCCGCGGCUCGUCUGGCCGCUACGACAUCGGUCACUUCUGGGAGCGGAUACUCGUCCGCCGCCCAACCUCUGAUCCGAUCGGUCCACAUGCCGAACGUCGCCUCAUCCUCGAAUAAGCCCGGUCGAGCUCCCGCUCCACCGUCCAAGUCGGCUUUCCCCAGUCUGCCUGCGACGUCGAGUACCAAGGAGAGGCCGAAUUUCGCCCGAGACGAGAUGGUCCGUCGGAUGAAGGGAGACAACAGCUUCGUGCCUCCCGCUGGAUGGCAGAGUCCGCCCGAGGGAGGGUCGACACCGGUCGUCGAGGAUGAGGGUGAGAUGUUUGGAGGCGCCAGCGGAGGCGGUGGUGGUGGUGGUGGCGGCAAGAAGAAGAAGAAGGGCAAGGAGAUGUUAUUCACCUUGGGUCAAGCUCGGGGAAUGUAG